AUGAAGGAAAGUACGCCAGAUGGCAGCGAGGCCACUGCGACCCAUGACCAAUUGCCUACGCCAGCACUGUCUCCCAUCACUGAGCAUGGUACAACCUCAUACACCUCGGACCUCGAUCUGACAAGUCCUGGUCUCGACGCCUUGUCCGAGAAGACGGCUAGCCCUGCGGGCACUCCAACCACAGCAACAUCGCGAGUCUUGAAUAAAAAGACCAGCAAUGGAAAGCUUCUCUCACCCUCUCCCACUUUCAAGCUGUCCUCAGCCCAGAUGCAAGACUUGAUCUCCUCGCCCGACUCGAUUCCACUACGCGCUGUCGAUGUUUCUACCGAUGACAUUCCGCCUUUGACUGACGAUAUUGUUGCGAAACCAAAUGGCCUGGGCAUCUCUGCCCGUGAAAAGACCUCCUCUACAGAGCCUACGAGUAUACCCGUACAGAAUGGCCGCCCUCCACCGACUGCCUCUAGACCUGCUGUCAGUGGCCGCUCGAACUCAACACCUGUCAUCAAACGUAAGGCUUCGUCGGCUCAAAUACCAAGAAAUCCGAACGAAAACAAAGACGCUUCGAAACCCAGGCGCCCUACCUUGAAUUUGAAGGGCUCUGAAUACCAGGAUGGUGCUGAAGCUUUGAAGCCCUCGCCCAUGUCCGACUCCCUUCCCUCUCCAAUACCUGCCAGCAUUCCCGUUCCGCCCCUCUCUCUGCCCACAUACCUACAACUUGAGCUCUCUUCCGAGCGUCCUUCGGCUCUCUACAUUCAUCGCUCGGCCAGCAGCGACUUCCCCUACGAGUCUUCCAAAGUUAAGUUUGAGCGUCUGUACAACUUCUUGACUCUACCGCCUCAGCUAGAACAGACUCUGGUAUUCGGUGCCUUGGCAUGUCUGGACGCUUGGUUAUAUACUUUUACCAUCUUGCCCUUGAGGUUCUUGAAGGCUAUCUUCAUCCUGCUCAAGUGGUUCGUUCAAAGUCUUGUCAAAGAGUUCAAAGACAUCGGUUCCUUCAUAUACUCUGGACUGGGUCGUGUCUGGAGCCGUAGAAACCAACCGCCUUCCGCCAAUCCUUCACGUAGAAGUUCCUUCAGUUCACCCAUGAUCGACCCUGCUUCUGCUCCUGCAGUUCCUUCCUGUUCAACCAGAGGUUNNCAAAAGGGCACAACCUCGACGCGCUUCCAACAAUUGCCCUCGAAACUCAAAAUUCCCAGUCCACUGUACCGUCACAGGCGUUCCAAAUCUACACCUUCUGCCCUGCUUCCAAAUCACAAGGCUGACAUGCUACAUGGAGCGCUGAUCAUCAUCAGCUGCAUGAUUCUUGUCCAAUUCGAUGCCAGUCGCAUGUAUCACAAGAUUCGCGGACAAGCUGCUAUCAAGCUCUACGUCAUCUACAAUGUCCUCGAAGUAUUCGAUCGUCUUCUGUCAGCUAUAGGUCAGGACAUCAUCGAAUGUCUCUUUUCAAAAGAGACUCUUGAGCGUAAGCCUAAUGGCCGCAGUAAGGUUCUACUUCCUCUGGGCAUGUUUAUACUUGCUCUGGCCUACAACGUCGCUCAUGCCGCUAUGCUGUUCUACCAAGUCAUCGCGCUCAAUGUCGCUGUCAACUCCUACUCAAAUGCUCUGCUCACACUCCUGAUGUCUAACCAGUUUGUUGAGAUCAAGGGAACUGUCUUCAAGAAGUUCGAGAAGGAAAAUCUAUUCCAGCUGACUUGUGCAGAUGUGGUUGAGAGAUUCCAACUCUGGCUCAUGCUACUCAUCAUCGCUUUGCGCAAUAUCGUUGAGGUUGGCGGUCUGAAUAUGGGCUCAUCCACCAGUGGCUCGACAACAAAUUUUAGCACGAACUCAACAGCAUCGCCCAUUCAGAGCACAAGUAUUCUCCCACAAGCCUUCAGCAUGUUCCCAACAGGCUUUGGUCAGAUCUUUGGGCCUUUCGUGACUGUGAUUGGCAGUGAGAUGAUUGUUGACUGGGUCAAACACGCCUACAUCUCCAAGUUCAACAACAUCAAGCCGAGUCUCUAUGGUCGCUUCUUGGAUGUGCUGACGAAAGACUAUUACUCACAUGCUUUCGCCGACCAAAAUCUGACCAAGCGACUAGGCCUUCCAGUCCUUCCUCUUUCCUGUCUGUUCAUACGUGCUUCAGUUCAGACUUAUCACAUGCUUAUCGCUACACACAUGCCGCUGCCCAUCCCUUCGACUGCUACGGCGAUUGCACUGGAGUCAGCAUCUGGGGAGACCUCACCUUCUACUACAGCCGCACUUGCGCACAUUGACCAGAUCUUUAGGAGGGCAUUAGGCAGGUCAUCCUUUGGAGCAGGUGCUGAUGCCGCUGCUGGUGCCAGCUCCUGGCGUUUCUGGACGAUCGACGAUGCAAUCGCCUUGGGCACUAUGCUAGUCUUCUUCCUGAUCAUAUACCUUAUCCUACUAGCACUCAAACUUCUGCUCGGUAUGCUCUUGCUCAGUUUCGCACGCACACGCUAUCGCAAGAUGAAGAUGCAAGAGCACAAGAAACAAAAUUUCGACACUCAAGGUCGGAGAGUUGGUGGCUGGGGAGCCGUAGAAGUGGACGAAGACAAGCGUAGAUGGAUUUAUGAAGAUGACCCCGAGGGCUUGAAGAAUCUCAGAGAGCGAGAAGCUAAAGGCAAAGAGAAAGCCAAAGGAGAAUUGAAACUUGAUGGAGUGGAUAGAUACAUGAUGGCUGCGAAGAGGAUCUGGUAG